GCUUCGGCGGCUAAGGCUCCCGGUCAGACGCCUCAACACCGCGACUCCCCAAACCAAAGGCCCUUUUCAGGGCCGCCCACACCUUCCCGUAAAAGAGCUAGUGACUUCUCCGGUAACCGCUCGUUCUUGUAACCAGGUUGUUGCCUCUUGUGUUAGGAAGCCGCAAUGUCUGGACGUGGAAAGCAAGGCGGCAAAGCCCGGGCAAAAGCUAAAACGCGUUCUUCCAGGGCUGGGCUUCAGUUUCCCGUUGGCCGUGUGCACCGUCUGCUCCGCAAAGGGAACUACUCGGAACGAGUCGGGGCUGGCGCGCCAGUGUACCUGGCGGCAGUGUUGGAGUAUCUGACUGCAGAGAUCUUGGAACUCGCUGGCAACGCGGCUCGCGACAACAAGAAAACCCGCAUCAUCCCGCGCCACCUGCAGCUGGCUAUCCGCAACGACGAAGAGCUUAAUAAGCUUCUAGGUCGCGUGACUAUCGCACAGGGCGGUGUCCUGCCCAACAUCCAAGCUGUACUGCUGCCUAAGAAAACGGAGAGUCACCAUAAGGCCAAGGAAAUGAAGAAACUAAAAUGAACAUGAGAAAACAGAAUUUCACAAAACAGGUCUUGGGCCUCGGAAGAUGAAAUAUAUGGAGUGUGAAGAGGAAAAGCAACGGGGGCAUAGCUCUCAUUAACAAACAGCCCAGCCCACAGAAGCCUGUUCAACAUAAAGACUUGGGUUCUACGGAACUGGAUUCAGUGCAUGAGGAAGACAGCGUAACUCCAUAAUUAAGGUAACUGCAGUCACGCAUUUGUAAUAUAGUACAUUCUGGAUAAAAGCAUUCUCUAUGUGAAUGUUGUUUCCUGUAUCCUGUACUUUCUUUAAGGUUCUAGCUCAGCAAGUUUUAACCUGUAUUUCUCUUAUAGCUGUUGGACUUCAGUACAUGGGGACUUGGAGGUGGUGGGCACAGAAUGCAUCUUUUUAUAUUAUUUAAUCUACUGGAACACCUAGCAUGGUCAUUUACCUAAAACAAAGCCUCGGGAAAUGUAGUCAAGUUGAGAUUUAACGUAAAAGAUUACUGAACAGAAGUUACCAUUUAGUGCAUUCCUGGUUACAAAAAUAAAAGAUAAAGUUUAUGUAAUAUUAAUAUGUAGUUUUUCUAAAUAGGAAAAAAAAUCCACAGUUACUGAGUGGCUGCAGUGGGCCAGAAGUCAUGGAGUAAUUUAUGAAGCCUCCAAAAAUGUAAUAUCAAUGGUUAUCAAUUAUCUAAAACAAAUUAAGAAACUGAAACUAAGAAAAUAUCAGAUAGUACUGGAGCCAAAACUUUCCCCACUAGGCAUUAAUGUUUUAAAUAAACAGCCUCACCAGAAUUUCGUCAGUUAAUCCUUAGGGCUUUAUCACCUGAAAGAGCUACCAAAGAAAUACUGACAUGUUUAAAUCUUUUUUAUACAUUAAAAUUGAUGAAUGUUUUAAAAUUUACAGGGUCUUAAGCUAGCCAUGGUGGCUCACACCUGUAAUCCCAGCACUUUCGGAGGCUGAGACAGGUGAAUCACCUAAUGUCAGGAGUUCAAGAGCAGCUUGGCUAACAUGGUGAAACCUUUGUCUCUACUAAAAAAAAAAAAAGAAGUACAAAAAGUAGCCAGGUGUGGUGGCAUGCACCUGUAAUCCCAGCUACUUGUGAGGUUGAGGCUAGGAGAAUCAAACCUGGGAGGCAGAGGCUGCAGUUAGCCAAGACCAUGCUACUGCACUGUAGGCUGGGAUACAAAGCAAGAUUCCAUCUUAAUAAAAUAAUAGCAAUAAAAUCAAAUGUACAGGGUCUUAUAGAAUUGUGAAGUUCUAUUAUACCAUAAUUAGUACUGCAAACUGUACAGAAAAGUAGCUGAUGUACAUACAUUGAAAUAUGACAUUAACAUUGACAAAUUUUAGCCUUUCUGCAUACUAUUCAAAUAAUAGCCUUGAUUUAGCCACACAUGCACACACAACUUUUUUUUAAGGCAUACACCAAGAUAGUACUAAAUAGUACCAGAUGUAUUUAAAAUAAAUUGUGAUUUUAUGUGGGGAAGAUCAAAAGUCUGACUUGUGUCAGAUCAUAUUUUUUAUGUACCUGUUUGGCACAGUGUAUUGUAUAUCCAUUUCAGUUACAAAGUUGCCUGCAAGUACUUAUGAUUUUUUUAAAAAAGUAUGUAAUCUCUGAAUAACCAGUAACUUCAUAUUAUAAAAAUAUUAACUAAAGCUUGAGAAAAUUCAGAAAUCCCAUUUUAUUAUUUCUCCAUACUCUCCCUACUCCACCUGUCAACAGCAAAUACUGGUAUGUAACACAUUGGAAUUUGCACUGUAUAGGUGAAACUUUUUCUUUAUUUUUAUUUUAUGCUUGCCCCAACUAAAAAUUGUAUACAUAAAAUGGUAUACUUCAGAAGAUAAGGAAGAUUGUCUGUAAAUCAGGCAAUGGAAACAUGGGUCAUGAAGGGGCCAGAGAAAUUUGUUACCCUUGGUUUCCCACACAGGAAAACAGAAAAUAAAAUCACUGUAUUUGAUGACUAUCUGAAAAUAA